GUUUUGGUAAUAUGAAUCCGCGGUUUUUAUCAAGAGUAUUAUAGUAACAAAAUGAAACUAAUUUGUGAAACUUGCGUAAUCAAACGCGCGUUACCAACUGGGAAGCGGGUCUUCCAGAAAACAAUUCUAGCUGUUGGAAAAAGUAGUGACAAAAACCAGGACGAAGCAGUGAUCAUGUUGAUCACAAAUGCCAACAAAGCGGGAACCAAGUACAAUGUAAAAAAGAACAUCAGUAAAAUCUUCACUCGUUUCCUGGCUGAAGGAAAAGCUACCAUUUCGUUCAACAUUCCCGAGCAUGACCUACAAAUCAAGAGCGAAGUAGUUCAACUGACCAGUUUUCUGAAGGUAUUGAAAACAGUAUUAACGGGAGCAGCACCCAACGGAGGCUCAGAUAACACACUCAAACUGGCGUGUUUAUCUAUGGCCAACAAAAAAACAUCUGUUCUGUCGUCAACUAAAGUACUAGCAACGAAGUGCGUCGUUCGGAGCAGAGGAGAUUACCCACUGAAAGGAUUUUCUAGGAAUCUCGUAACCUUACAGAUAUCCGACAUUAAAUUGGUUCGUUUCGAUCCUCAAAUUCUGCUGCUGAAAAAUCUUCGCUCCUUAAACCUUUCUAACAACUGUUUGGAGAAGUUGCCGGUAGCACUUGGUACGCUGAGAUUGAACGAAGUAGACAUAUCUGGAAACUCUCUACAGAACGACAACUGGCAAUGGCUUAUGAACCCUUGCAUUCAAUCCUGUUUGCAAAACCUCAACGUAUCCAGCAAUAAUUUAUCCUACUUCCCAAUCAACUUAAUAUAUUCCCGCGUACUGGUACGACUGGACCUGCAAUCAAACUACAUUGCAAAGCUUCCGUUUGCUAUAUGGAAAAUGUCACGGCUUCGUUUUCUCAAUCUAGCCAAUAAUCAACUCGGUUCGGUACCGGAAUCUAUGGUUCGCAUGAGGUUAGAUCAAAUAGACCUCUCCGAAAACAAACUGACGGCAGACUCGUGCACAGUUCCAGAUCUACGAGUUCCAGUUACCGUCGGACAUGUUCCUGCAUUGUGGGAAAUAGCGGCCCGGGUGGUUGUUGUCCAUAAAGUGCACUACACUCCCGGUAUGAUCCCCUUUCUGUUGAUAGAGAUCAUGAAUCGCACACCGAUCUGUGGGUGCGGAUUACUUUGCUUCACCUCCAAAGUGUAUGAACGAGCCAAAGUAGUACGACUAAACUGUCAACAUUUGACUAUGAAUAGCAAUCACGUAUUGUACGCAGAUUGCGUCUUCUGUAGUCAACGGUGUAGCAGCAGACAGUAAAGUGUAGUUUUAUUUACUAUCCUUGUUAGUGACUUUCGCACAAAGAAGAGUAAAUUAAUAAUUAGUUUAUAUAUAAAACUUAUCUGUAACAUUACUAUCAUAU